UGUUCUUGUUUCAUUUUGAAGGAUACACAAGAAAAGCUGUGGAAGCUUGGAAAAUUGAAUCAUGUUGCAAUUGCUGUUCCUGAUCUGGAUCAAGCUAGUAAAAUGUACAAGAAUGUGUUAGGUGCUGAUGUUAGUGAUGUAUUGGAUCUUCCAGAGCAUGGAGUUUCCACUGUUUUUGUGAACUUGGGAAACAGCAAACUUGAGCUUUUACAUCCCUUGGGGGAAAACAGCCCAAUAGCUGGUUUUCUAAAGAAGAAGGCAGAUGGUGGAAUUCAUCACAUCUGCAUUGAGGUCAGAUAAUUCAAUGUCUUUGUUAUAUAUGUGGAUGUUUGUCAUUGUUACUUCUGCUAAUUUUAAGACAUAAGACACGUAUAGUACCAGUAAUUCUCAUGCCUUGGGUUUGAGCUCUCAUACUGGAAGGUCAAAAAUGUUAAUCCCAUGCCUACUCACGACUACAAACCACUUUCUCGUGCCUACAUGUAGCUGACAAAUUAGAGCCACUACAGCUUUAACUCACAGUGUUUCAGAAGAAGUAUAUUAACUGAAACCAAGAAAAGAAAAAAGCUUGUGUAAAUGAUAGUACAUUUCUUCAAAUUCUCCAGUUUCCAAGGGAAAACUA